GGUGCCACUGGUGCGCCGCGCAACUCGUGACGCGUUUGGCGCCUCCAAAGAAAAAGCUCCAUUCAGCAGGAGACCGGCUUCAGUUACCAAAGAAGAGACACGAGCUUUUUAACCAACGUCGAAGCUUUGUUUCAUAAACUUAACCUAUCAACUUAAAUCAGACAUUUAAUGAACUUGUCUUGGCUUGAAUGGAAAUGAAGGUGUCUUCUGCGCUCCUGCUCUGCGCGUCUGUCAUAGUUCACCUCGCGCUCGCUCAGAUUCAGCUGCGCGUGCGCCCGUCGCCUAGCGACCACCUGCCGGUACCGGACCUGCAUGAGGACCCUGACCCGGCGCUGGAACCGGGAGAGAGGGAUUUAGCCCCUCGAUUGCUGCGCCGGAAACUCGGCAGCAGUUUUGAUCCCGUCUUCUCGUCGAUCGGUGCACCGCCUGCAGGUAACGGGUCCGAGAUCACGCGAGAGGACGGGAUCGGUCUCACCGGAGCCAUUCCCCGUGAGUUUCAGCAGCUGGAUUUCACUGGUCUCAAAGCGGCGGGGAAAACGGAGCGCAGGGUGCGCCGGUGGUUGUGGUCGUACACCCGGUGCCCGGUGCUGUCAGUGUGGAAAGAUCUGGGCGCGCGAUUCUGGCCGCGAUACGUCAAAGAAGGACAGUGCUUGACCGAACGCUCGUGCUCUUUACCGGAGGGGAUGUUUUGUAAACCGGUGCAGUCCGUGAGCGUCACGCUCCUCCGGUGGCACUGCCAGCAGGGUUCGCGCGCGCUCAAGCACUGCGCGUGUCGCGCGCGCUACCCGGUGAUAUCUCAGUGCGGCUGCGCGUGCAUAAGCUUUACACACAGCUAGACCAAUGGUUUGGCACAAUAUGCUUUCUUAUUCCUUUCUUUUGAUUUGGGGGUGAAAUAUGAACCGGACUUGUCACCCAUGUCACUCUGAGAAGGAGAUUCGGGGACUUUACUGACAUAAAGACACAUCUGUGAUCUUUGGCUGUGUGAUGUUUUGAACGAUAUUUAUAUGUGAAGAAAAUGUUUGA